AUGGGGUGACAAAAACAUAAACUCAAAUGUUUCGUAGUGCUCAGCUGCGGGCGGCGACAACGCGUGGUCAAAACGUUCACAUCUAGGUCAACGACAAUGAAAAUAAUUUUCUGCAUCUUGAGUGCUUUGGUCGCUCUGUCUACUGGGAAACCAUGCGGACAGGACCACGACCAGCUCCUCCUCUCCCUCAAUAAGGAGCUGCUUCGCGCUGUGGAGGACCAAGACACCCUCCCCAAUCCCAGUGUGCACCUGGCUUUGCGUCUCUCUUCCACGCACAACUUGAAGAAGGAGGGCGAGCAUCUGAACAAGCUCAAGACCAAGUUUCAUAAUGACAUUGAGAGCUCUCUGAACAAGGGCCAGGCAGUGCUGGGACGCCUGGCUCUAUACGUCCUGGCGUUGAAGUCCUCCUGCCAUGACCUGAACAUCCUGACUUUCAGCGUCAAUCAGAAGAGCGACUCUCUCCUCACGCACCUCAAGAAACAGAUGGAGAGCGAGAAGGAUCACAUCGCAUUCAGUCAAAGGCCAUUGACCAAUUACUACCAGUACUCCCUUGGUGUAUUGGCCCUUUGCAUGAGUGGGGUCCGCGUCAACCCACAUGUCAGCAACAAGCUCAUCCAUGCUGUGGAGAACGGACUCAUCAAGCAUGGAGAUUCACUCUGCAUCGAUACAUAUGCGAUGGCUGGCAUGGCCCUGCAGUGUGUGAAGGAUGCCGGUGCCCACGUGUCAGAUCCUGCCCAGCUGGAUAAGGCCCUGGGCACCAUUAAGACCAAGCUGCAGACCUCUCAGAGAGCCGACGGGCACAUGGGCAACGAGUUCAGCACAGGACUGGCCGUGCAGGCUCUGCUGGCGAUGGGCAGCGAGGUGCAGGCGUGUGCCGCCUCUAUGGAGGCUAUGCGGGCGGACGUGAGGAAGGGCACCUACCACAACGCCAUGGGCAUGUCCCAAACCCUGCCAGCCCUACAGCAGCGCUCCUACCUCAGCCUCAAGGGCAAGGAGUGCAGGAGUGAAGAUGAUACUCUGGUGCUGGAUGCCACAUCUUCAGUGGUGACGCUGCAGAGCAGUCGUACCAAGGUGGCAGUGCAGGUGGAGGUGGUGAAGAGCGAUGGCAGUGCCACUCCGUACUCGCUGGAGACUCCCACUGGCUCCUCUCUCCUGGAGGCCCUCACUCUGCUCCAGGCAAACCAGGCAUCAGGCUUCACGUUUGAGAAGGAGCUGAGCCUCUGGGGCCCCUUCCUGAGCUCUGUGAAUGGGGAGCAGGCUCGGCAGUCGGACCGCAGCUACUGGCGCGUCUCGUCUGAUGGACAGGCUCUCCAGCAAGGUAUCAAGGACUACAAGAUUGAGAAAUCCCAGAAGAUCACAAUCAAGAAGACUACUUACUAAAGCUACUGAUGACAACAUGAACAUAAUAUGCACUGUGAUCUCAAUAAAGUCUAGACCUUUCAUAAUAGAAAAACAA